AUGGCUGCCACCAUUCAUGAAUAUAGUGCGGUCGAAUUACCUGCCCAAACCCAGGUAACGGUAAGUAUUUUUUUAAAUAAAAAAUUUUUAGUUCAGGUCAAAAUGUGCAAGUUGAGACUACAUUCGUCCGGAGUAUUCAGCAAUGUUUACCGUGGCACCCUAGUCGAACCUCUUCCCCGACGAGAGAUUGCAGUCAAAAAGACUUGGCCGGAUCCCGGUCAAGAUGGCCACAAGAACUACGAAGUGAUCAUGCUCCUCGAACUCUCCAAGGAAAAGCAUCUCAACAUUGUCCAAGUCCUAUUUUCCUUCAAAACAAAAGCCCCAGAUGGUCGCGUAAGUAUUGUAUAUCAGUACUUACACAAUAUUACAUAAUAUAUUAUCAUCACGCACAUAGUAAAUGAUUGUAAAUAACUUCAGAUUUGCGAAAGUAUGAUCUUCGACUUUAUGCCGGCAACGCUCCAUUCGCAAAUCAAAUCCCUCGGACCCCCACAUCUGAACAUUGUGGACAUCAAGAUAUAUACUUGGCAGUUGUUCAAUGGUUUGUACUAUCUGAUGAAGAAACGAAUCUGUCAUCGUGACAUUAAACCCCAAAAUAUUCUGAUCGAUCCAGAUCAAGGGAUUCUGAAGAUUGGAGAUUUUGGCUCGGCCAAAGUCAUGAAGCCGAAUGUAGAAUCGACCGCCUACCAGGUGACUCGUUUUUAUCGUCCUCCAGAACUUCUCCUUGAUGCCGUCUUUUAUUCUCCAUUGGUCGAUGUCUGGUCAGCUGGUUGUGUCUUUGGAGAAAUGCUAAGAGGUCACGUUUUACUUCCUGGUCGUGAUUCCAAGCAUCAACUUCGUCUUGUAAUUGAAGCCCUCGGAUCUCCUGACGCUGGAGAAUUAUUGGCCAUGAGAUCUUGUACAAGACUCGAUGGAGGGAUCGUUCAGCCACGGGGAUUCAAUCAUGUAAGUUCAGCCCGACUAUUAAUUAAUCAAGUCAUCUCAGCUUCUCAACUGUCCACGAGAGAACAUUGAAUUCCUGGCCAAGAUUCUCGUUUACAAUCCAAAACAACGGCACCAUGGAGCUGCUUUACUCACUGAUCCCUAUUUCAACGAGUUGUUCGCGGCUAACAAGAAACGGCAAAACGGAAAAUUUGUGGCUGACAUCCCGUCCUUCAAAGAUAUGAUUGAAUUCGGGUAGGCGGUUUGUAUAAAAACGCCAUUUGAAGCCGAUAUUUAUGGACGGGGUUCAUUGGACCCGAGCUUGCCGCAUUCAACCUUCCGUUUUAGACCAAAGCAUUCCCAGAAAACAAAACAUCGAAAGAGUCUCAAGUCGACCAGCGCAGAUGCCACCAAUCAAUCUGGGGAAGUAUCAGAUAAUGCAGCUUCAAUGAUCAGAGGAAGCAAAGAAGAUGACAAAAAAAGAGGGUUACUGGGAAGAAGAAAAAAAUCUAAAGAAGAACUCGAGGCUGGAGGAAGUAGAGAACAAAUCCGCACAUCUAAAUCCUAUCAAGAUGUGAGAAGAUCCAAGUGA